AUGUCGUAUCUAGCGCGAUUCAGGCGACAAACUACCACUACUCAGCCAUCACCCUCUGUGACUCUCCUGAGUCCUACGUUUCAUGGAGGAGCUGCUACUACACCUACACGGCGCAACCAGUUGCCCCCAUCAUCACCAUUGUCACCACGCCAAGGUAGCCUCAUACGACCGCGCACAAACUCAUUGGAAACCGAGCAGCAAGAAGUCAAGAGAUUGAAGACAUAUGCUGCCGAAGUCUGCAGGAGCAAAGGGUUACCUGAAAACAGCUUAGAGGAAUUUGCUACUAUCAAUGAUAUUAAACUGAUGAUGAUCAAGCUCAUGGCCGAGUUGUCAUGCUUUCAUAGGAAGGUUCAAGCAGCCGAAGCAGCCAAGGUGCUCGAAUCGCUGGACUUUGAGGUAACACUCACUCCAUCAUUGGUUUCACAGCCAUACGAUUUUUCCAAGAAAAAUCCAUCGGUCUUCAAAAUCCCUGUGGAAGCACUGCAGGACUCUGAUGCUAUGGAUCGGCUUGAUGUACUGAUGAAGAAGAUACUGACAGCACAGCGGGGAAAUAUGAAACAGAAGCUUAUUGCAUCAAUCGAGAAAUGCUCAGAUCUAAGCACACUGGCCCGCAGUCUUGCAGGCAACUGCACAGAGCUCACAAUGGCGCACUGGGCCCGGAUUGCAUUCAUGAAGACCACUAACGCUCAACCUGAAGAAGCAUCAACAGGUCCGAGUCUGCAGCCCCAGACUGACGAAGGUGGUGACAAUAACAUACCAAUUGGUACUACUGCCAGUGCGAGCCAUGGACUUGGAGAGGAUGGGGAGGAUGAUAACGACAAUGAGGAGGAGCGCACUUGGUCUUUUAGCCAGUAUUGGGAGUACCUUGAUAAGGUUCUUGACGAGCUUAAAGAGGAGGCUCGACAAAAGCAUGUGUUUCCUCAAGCACGCGCUGAUUAUAUCAAACAAUUUUUCACCGAAUGUCUUCAGCAAGACCUCCAGAUAUUCCCUGGCGGCGGUUCAUUAGCUCCGAGUUUGGAUUCGGUCACUGUUGGUUGGCAAAGAGCGAUCCAUGAAAAGUUGAUGUGGUAG